AUGGACUACGAUCGAAUUCGACCAGUGCGCUAUUUGACGGGUAUUCUAAAGUGGUGGCGCCUCUGGCCGAGGAAGGAAUCGGUCUCCAGACCGGACUGGACUAACUGGCAGGGAUAUACGUUGCAUGUUCCAUUCACCUGGUUGUUUGUGGUGCUCUUGUGGGUGGAGGCAAUCAGGAGCAGGGACAUACAGCAUACCGCGGAUGUCCUUUUGAUUUGCCUAACCACAACUGCGUUGGGCGCUAAAAUGAUCAACAACUGGAAGUAUGCCCAUGUGGCCCAAGGCAUUUUAUCCGAAUGGAGCACGUAUGAGCUUUUCGAGCUAAGAAGCAACCAGGAAGUGGAUAUGUGGCGAUUCGAGCAUCGACGUUUCAGCCGCGUUUUCAUCUUCUAUUGCUUGUGCAGUGCUGGCGUAAUUCCAUUCAUUGUGAUUCAGCCGCUGUUCGAUAUCCCAAAUCAAUUGCCCUUCUGGAUGUGGACACCGUUCGACUGGCAUCAGCCGGUGCUCUUUUGGUAUCCAUUUAUCUAUCAGGCCAUAACCAUUCCGGUUACCUGCAUUUGCAACAUAACCAUGGACGGAGUUAAUUGGUACAUGAUGCUGCAUCUGUCCUUGUGCCUGCGAAUGCUGGGCCAACGAUUGACGAAGCUUCAGCAUGAUGACAAGGAUCUGAGGCAGAAGUUCCUGGAACUGGUCCAACUGCACCAGAAACUCAAGCAACAGGCCUUGGGCAUAGAGACCUUUAUUUCGAAGAGCACUUUCACCCAAAUCCUGGUCAGUUCCCUGAUCAUUUGCUUCACCAUUUACAGCAUGCAGAUGAGUCCCGUCUUGCAGGACUUGCCAGGAUUUGCAGGCAUGAUGAAUUACCUAUUGGCCAUGGUCAUGCAAAUCAUGCUACCCACCAUAUAUGGUAACGCGGUCAUCGAUUCUGCAAAUAUGUUGACCGAUUCCAUGUACAAUUCCGAUUGGCCGGAUAUGAACUCUCGAAUGCGUCGCCUAGUUCUAAUUUUUAUGGUGUACUUAAACCGACCGAUGACUUUAAAAGCCGGUGGCUUUUUUCAUAUGGGCUUACCUCUGUUCACCAAGACCAUGAAUCAAGCAUACAGCUUGCUGGCCUUGCUGCUCAACAUGAACCAAUAGAGACGAAGUUGUGUCCCAUUAAAUACUCUGCAUUCUAUUUUGGAUUAGCCCAAAGAUUUCGCAGCUCGUUUGGAGAUUUAUUGCCGCGCGUCGUGUUAUGCAAAGAUCUAAAAAUAUAUAGUAGCAUUGCACGAAAUACACUUUUUCUAUAUACACUAUAUGUUGAGUGCACAUGAAAUGUAGAAUUGCAAGUGACGAAAAUAAAAUUCGAAUUUGGACGUACUCAAAAAUUGCGGGAAAAGCUUUAGCUCUGGCAAUAUGUAGUUUUCCAAUUAGGCAAAGGAGGAUCGAG